AUGUCAACCGAAGAUGAUACUGCAGCUGCAGCAUUAGUUGAGGAGGCAUUAACCGAAGAUGCUGAUUCGCAGGCAAAGAAGCCGCCCCGUCGUGAAAGCUCUCAAUCACUCAGUCAUGAGCAAGACAUUAAUGUCAAUGAUCAUACUUCAACAGAAAGUGUUUUUCAUGCUGAACAUAUGUUUCUGCCUCCAUCAACGGAAACACCAAAUCAAGGUAGUACAUUAAGUAGUGGUCACUCAAUUGGAAAUUUGAACAACUCUCUUGAAGCUUCUAAUGACUACCUUCUUCCACAAGAGGGAGUUGGGUCUUGCACUAAAGGAGAAUCAGUUCCUAUUCAAUUUGAUAGCAUUGUUCCUACUAACCCUGAUAAGAGGAAAGCGACUUGGCAAGAUAGCACUCCACCACCCCCAAAGCUUCCUUUCAUCAAUUUGAUGACGCUAGGACAAGGCAAUCAAGGUCGAAACAGUCUGACCAAUCAAGACCCAAACACUCCUGGCAAUGAAGGCUUAAAAAGUCCUGAGAAUCGAGGCUUAACCACUUUUGGCAAUCAAGACCUGAACACUCUUGGCAACCAAGGCCAAAACAAUAGUGUUCCUCUUGCUUCUGGUUCAAGGUCUCAAGGAUAUGGAUUCCAAGCAUCUUUGAAUCAAGUUAUGACAUCAAAUUAUUCUCAUUUGAAUGAUGACACUCCUCAUCAAUUUCAACGAGCAAAGUUGCCAAUCCGACGUGGAGUUAGGUCCAACACUGAAGGAGUAUCAAGUCCUAUUCAAUUUGAUGGUAUUGUUCCUAACAACCCUAACAAGAGGAAAAUGACUUGGCGAGAUAGCACUCCACCACCCCCAAAGCUUCGUUUCAUCAAUUGGAUGUUACCAAGGCAAGGCAAUCAAGGCAAAAACAGUCUUGGCAAUCAAGACCAAAACAGUCCUGGUAAUCAAGACCCAAACACACUUGAUAAUCCAAGCCCUAAGAGUCCUGAGACUCAAAGCCCAAAGAGUCCUGGCAGUGAAAGCCCAAAGAGUUUUGAGAAUCAAGGCCAAAACAUUCCCGUCAAUCAAGACCCAAAGACUCCUGAAAAUCAAGGCCUAAACACUCUCGGCAAUCAAGACCAAAAGAGUCCUGGAAAUCAAGAUCGAAACACUCCUGGCAAUGUAGGCCCAAACAAUAGUGUUCCUACUACUUCUGGUUCAAGGAACUUUAAGUCUAUUUCAUAUUUCAUUAUGUCAACCGAAGAUAAUAUUGCAGCGGCAGCAUCUGCUGAAGAGGCAGUAAAACUAAAGGCUGAUUCGCAGGAGGAUAUGGAAGGAAAAGCUGACAAAGCAGGAGCAGACGAAAGCAACAAAUCUGGAGUAAAUCAACCAGAUGGUAACCAACAUCUUAAUCAAUCCCCAGCAUCUAUAUAUAUGGCUGAAAGAAACGAAGAGAUUUUUGGAACAAGUCCUGCAACAAGCCCUAGAAUCCAUUCACUACUCACUUCUCCUCCUUUGCAACAAGCAGGAACUUUGCCUUCUAUUUACAACUCAAUUAAGCACGGAGUUGGGUCUAGCACUAAAGGAAAAUCAAGUCCUAUUCAAUUUGAUGGCAUUGUUCCUAGCAAUCCUGAUAAGAGGAAAAUGACUUGGCAAGAUAGCACUCCAUCACCCCCAAAGCUUCCUCUCAUCAAUUUGAUGUUACUAGGACAAGGCAAUCAAAGUCAAAUCAAUCCUGACAAUCAAGGUCCAAAAACUCCUGGGAAUCAAGGUCGAGUCACUUCUGGCAAUCAAGGUUCAAACACUCUUGACAAUCAAGGCGUAAAGAAUCUUGAGAAUCAAAGCCGAAACACUCCCAGCAAUCAAUGCCGAAGCAAUAGUGAUCCAACUACUUUUGGUUCAAGGUCUCAAGGACUUGGAUUCCAGACAUUUUUGAAUCAACUUAUGCCAUUAAAUGGCACUCCUCAACUUCAACCAGCAAAGUUACCAAUUCGACGUGAAGUUGGGUCUAGCACUAAAGGAAUAUCAAGUCCUAUUCAAUUUGAUGGCAUUGUUCCUACCAACCCUAAUAAGAGGAAAAUGACUAGGCAGGAUAGCACUCCCCCACCCCCAAAGAUUCCUUUCAUCAAUUGGAUGUUACCCGGACAAGGCAAUCAAGACGAAAAUAGUUCUGGCAAUCAAAGCCAAAACACUCAUGGUAAUCAAGGUCCAAAGAGUCUUGGGAAUCAAGAGUCAAACACUUUUGACAAUCAAGGCUCAAAGAGUCCUAGAAAUCAAGGCUCAAACACUCUUGGCAAUCAAGGUCAAAAGAGUCUUGAUAAUGAAGGCCGAAACACUCCUAACAAUGAAGGCCAAAACAAAAGUGUUCCUACUGCUUCUGGUUCAAGGUCCAAAGCUAUCCCGAACAAAGUGUAUGAUCCAUCAUAUGAAGCUAUGGGAUUACCGGUCGACCCCCAUUUAAGAAUGUUCCUUGCAAGAUGUGAAAGUGCAGAAAACAAAGAUAGUGAUAAGAAGGAUGAUGGUGGAUCCAAGACCAUGGCUCGCAAAACUUAA